UCCUACACUUGCACGUGCUCUCUUGCUCUCACUUUCGCUCUCACUCUCUCUCAGUAUAAGUAAGCUUUAAAAAAAAAAAAAGGUUCCAUGGUUAAGAGUUUAAGACUGUGGCACAGGGCAGACCUUGGUUCUGCUACUUGGGUAGGUUACUUAACCUCUUCAAGGUCAUAUUCAUCUUCUAUAAAAGGGGAAAUGGUUCUAGUACCUUCCUCCUGGGCUUGUUGAAAGGAAUACACUCAAUAAUGUAUGGAGAGUGUGCGGCACAACAUCUGAAGCCAGCUGAGCCCUCUGGAGAUUCUUUGGGGGACAGUAAAGGGGCACGUUUUGCAAAUGAGUCUCCUGACCUCCACAGUUCUAAACCCACCCCUCUGCUCCCACAGAGCUGGGCAUAUACCUGGUCUCAGUCAGUGCUUGGUUGCCAACUGCCUAGCCUGAGGUGGACAGGAGACCAGAGGCAAGAUGUGAACAGAUCGGCACGUGAAGUCCCUGCCAGCGGUGGCCACCAGGGGGCACCCCAGCCCCAGAGGUGGCCUCACCCAGGCAGACACACCUACUCCUCAUCCAAAGAAAUCUGUUCCUUGGCCUGAGGCCUCCAUGGGCUUAUGUAUAAAGGCCCUCUGGAGCUGAUCCCUGCCAGAGCCCAGAGCCUGCAGACCCACCCAGACCUCCUGCUAAGCCUGCUGCCCAGAGCCCCAUGAAGCUGACCGUCCUGCAGCUGCUGCUGUGGCACAGCGCACUCUGGAUGGUGCAAGAAGCCACCCCCUUGGGCCCUACCAGCUCCCUGCCCCAGAGCUUCCUGCUCAAGUGCUUAGAACAAGUGAGGAAGGUCCAGGCUGAUGGCACAGCGCUGCAGGAGAGGCUGUGCGCCGCCCACAAGCUGUGCCACCCUGAGGAGCUGGUGCUGCUUGGGCACGCUCUGGGCAUCCCCCAGGCUCCCCUGAGCAGCUGCUCCAGCCAGGCCCUGCAGCUGACGGGCUGCCUGCGUCAACUCCACAGUGGCCUCUUCCUCUACCAGGGCCUCCUGCAGGCCCUGGCAGGGAUAUCCCCCGAGUUAGCCCCCACCCUGGACAUGCUGCAGCUGGACAUCACCGACUUUGCUAUCAACAUCUGGCAGCAGAUGGAAGACGUGGGGAUGGCCCCUGCAGUGCCGCCCACCCAGGGCACCAUGCCAACCUUCACCUCGGCCUUCCAGCGCAGGGCAGGAGGCACCCUGGUUGCCUCCAACCUGCAGAGCUUCCUGGAGGUGGCAUACCGUGCUCUGCGCCACUUCACCAAGCCCUGAGCAAAACCCUCCCCCACGAGUGUAUUUACCUUUAUUUAAUAUUUAUGCUUAUUUAAACCUAAUAUUUAAAGACAAGAAAGAGCAGAAAGGAGCCCUGGACUCUUGGGUCCUUCCUGCCACCUCUGAGUUUCAUUCUCCUGCUUGUAGCAGGGAGAAAAUCUGUCCCCGGGACUGGGAGGCGGAUAGGUAAAUACCACGUAUUGAUUUCUAUGACUGCUCCCUGGCCUGGCUCUGUGGUGGGCACUGGGGAAGAACCCCAGUGAACCCCUUAGCCCAAGGGUACCCACCUUGAGGCCCUCGGAAGCAUCAGGAAGUCUCCCAAGUGGGAGACAAGACAACCCUGUUUAAUAUUUAAACAGCAGUGUUCCCCUACCGGGUCCUCCCUCGCUCUGGCCUCACCAAAGUGGCUGGCACAUGCCAGGUGGGCUAGGCCUUGCUUCUCACGUCCCCUUCCCUACACAGUAAAGCCCGCAGAGGCAGCCAGAGCCGGAAAGCUUGACCCUGGGGUCCCACGAAUUUGCUGGGGAAUCUAGUUUUCAAGAUGUUUUGGAGAAUAUUUUGACUUCCAGUAUGGGGAGCCCAGGCAUGGCUGACAUUUCUCAUCUUUCUGGAUGCCUCGUAGCAACAAUGACAGGCUCCUAAUGCCUGCCCCACCCUCACCAAGGUCAGGAUUCUGACUCCUCAAGGGCCGGGCAGAGAGUCACUUACCGGCCUCGCUGGAGGGGGACUGGGAGUGCGGGGCCUGUGUGAUGGAGUGAGAGGAACGUUCAACUCUUCACCCUCCACCUCUGCCCCCACUUUCUCACUGUAGCCAAACUGUGAUAAUAAAGUGUUUUGUUUGUCUCCAGUAAA